AUGGAUCAUGUGUUGCAGGAUAAGGUUCUGAUGCCCAUUAGUACAGGCAUCGUGAUGAAUAACACUCCUCAAACUGGUGGACCUGGAUUUACAAGGCACAGGAAAUACUAUGAUGUGAUGCUUGAAGGAAACUGGGUAGUGCUUAUGGACAAUGAGAAGAAAGAGGAGUCAUUUGAGUAG